ACGAAAUUUAUUCCCCACCUACCCUUCCACCUAGCGACUCGUCUUCUCCUCCACUCCAUCACCGUGGCCUACCUCUCCUGCCGCGCCGCCGCUCUGCUUCUCCCGCGCCUCCUCGCCUCCCACACCGCCGCGCCUCCUUCUCCUCUCCUCCCAAGCAGCAGCAGCAGGAGAUGGGGCGGUCUACGGCGGUCGGCGGCGGCGGCUUCCGCGGCGCGGUCUUUGGCGGCACGGUCUGCGGCAUUCUUGGCAACGACUCACCAUCGUGUGGGCGGCUGGCGGUUCUUGGCAGCGCGCGGCGAAGACUCGGCGGAGGCGGACUCGAGCAGCUGCUCCAUCCACGGCCGCCGCUCUGCUUCUUCUCCCUCGCCGCGCCUCCUUCCCCUCCCUCUCUGUCUGCCGCCCCUCCCCUCUCCCUUUCCCACUCCGUCGCGGCGAUGGUGAAGGGCCAUGGUUUGGUUGCGUUGCAAAUCCAUCCAUUCACUCCCUUGCGCCGUCAUGGUCUUCAUCGCCACCACCACAGCGGCACUGGCACCGGCGUCAUGGCGCGGCCGCCGCCCGCGUCACACUCAACGCCAUCGGAGAGACGCUUUGCCACAGCUGAAUCAACUGGAAGUGUUCUAGGCCCCUCCCCGGCAGCCACCGGCUCGUCGUCGGCACCCCGACCCAGCCUCCCGCGCCAAGCCCGCCGCCCCCAGGAGGGCGGUUCGGGGAUUUCACCAGGCGAAAUCGAUGUGAGGGCAGAGCUCGGCCAGGAACGAUGCCCACAGUGCACGCGCCUUGCUUUUUCGGCGCCGCGCGCUUCCUCGCUUCGACGAAGUUUCGCGCUCCUUAGCUUAGGGACAAGUCGCCAAGUGAGGUCCCAGGCGCAUGCUCCACGUAGACCAAAAGCUGAGCUGGCGCGACGAGGUUACGCGCCAACUCAGUGAGGCCUCAGAGGUUGGUGCACUGCACUACUGUAUUUCCUAUUCAUCUAGUAGAACACUAGGUAGACCUGGGACUUGGGCUGUACUUUAUCGGGCCGGCCCAAGUCACGUCGGCCCACACGGUAUAAAAAUCCUGGCCCGUUUUGGCACUAAGCACGAUGGGCCCAAGUCCCACAUCAACUAGGCACAAUUUCCAUCUCUGCAGGGCCCAAUGGACCAACUAUAAGGCUGUAGCUAAUUCAACCAAGUAAAAAAAAAGCUCUUUCUUUUAAGACAAGACUAUUCGGAAAGCAAUGAUUAUUUUCGAAAUCAAGCUCUCUCACGAAAUUUCUGGCAGUGUACGGCAAAUCAGGUCGAAAACUAAAUCUCUGCGGACUAAAAGGAACAUAUGAUUAAUUAAAUGUCAGCUGUAGCAAUUUUAAAAAAUAGAUUAAUAUGUAUUUUAAAAAUAAACUUUACUAUAAUUUUGUUUUAAAAAUGUGGACACAAGAGUUGGAACACAAAUUUUGACAAUUUGACUCUUUCCAAAAACUAAUUUUACAAAUGAAUCGUGGCCAAAACUUAUUUUAAAAAUGACACUUUUUGUUUAGCGUCAAAUCGUAUGUCGCUAAACUUAGACACCUCAGUGCUACGUCAAUUGGCGCAGAAUAUCGUGUCACCGCGGACGAGAGACUGAGUCGGCGUGCCAACGUGCAUUCAGCGUCGUUCUAUUUGGCGUUGAGGUGUCUAAUUUCAGCGCCAUACGAUUUGACGCUGAACAAAAGCGUCAUUUUUUAAAUAAGUUUGGGCACGAUUUAUUUGUAAAAUUAGUUUUCGAAAAGGGUUAAAUUGUCAAAAAUUUGUGGAAGUUGGAAAGGCGGAGGAAAGGACACAGCCGAAAGUUUCUGAAAAAAAAAAAAAACUAUGAGCAACAGUAGGGGAGUUGUUGAGUAGUGCGAUGCGAUGCGGUGGGAGGUGGCAGGCGGCGACCGGCGAGAUCGAUGGGUUCUUCGUCUUCCACCUCCCUCGUCUCCCUCCUCCUCCCCUGCCUCCUCUCCUUGCUCCUCAUCCGCCUCUCCACCCACCUCAACCCUGACCCGACCGCCGCCGCGCCCCGCUUCAAGAGGACCCCUCCCUUCCCCCUCCGCUUCCGCCAUGACGGCGCCUUCAAGAUCCUCCAGGUGGCGGACAUGCACUUCGGCAACGGCGCCGCCACGCGGUGCCGGGACGUGGCGCCGGAGGUGGGCGGCGCGCGCUGCUCCGACCUCAACACCACGCGGUUCCUGCGGCGGGUCAUCGAGGCCGAGAGGCCCGACCUCAUCGCCUUCACCGGAGACAAUAUAUUUGGGGGCAGUGCAUCUGAUGCAGCUGAGUCACUACUCAAAGCAAUUAGCCCUGCAAUCGAGUAUAAAGUACCAUGGGCUGCCAUUUUAGGAAAUCAUGACCAGGAGUCCACUAUGACCAGAGAGGAACUGAUGGUGUUCAUGUCCCUGAUGGAUUACUCGGUAUCUCAAGUAAACCCUCCUGGUUCUUUGGUACAUGGGUUUGGCAACUAUCAUGUCAGCAUACAUGGGCCGUUUGGUUCUGAGUUUGUCAAUACUAGUUUACUUAACCUUUACUUCCUGGAUAGUGGUGAUCGUGAAGUGGUCAAUGGAGUAAAAACCUAUGGAUGGAUCAAAGAAUCUCAACUUGCUUGGCUUCGUGCUACCUCACAGGAGCUUCAGCAAAACUUGCAUGCUCCUGCAUUUGCAUUCUUUCACAUCCCAAUUCCAGAAGUCAGAGGGCUGUGGUAUACAGGUUUCAAGGGCCAGUAUCAGGAAGGGGUGGCUUGCUCAACUGUAAACUCCGGUGUUCUUGGCACCCUAACCUCCAUGGGAGAUGUGAAAGCUGUCUUUCUUGGCCAUGACCAUCUUAAUGAUUUUUGUGGCGACCUUAAUGGGAUAUGGUUCUGUUAUGGUGGUGGCUUUGGUUAUCAUGCCUAUGGAAGACCUCAUUGGCCAAGAAGAGCUCGGGUAAUUCAUACUGAACUCAAGAAAGGGCAGAAAUCAUUGGUGGAAGUCGAGUCGAUCCACACCUGGAAGCUGUUAGAUGAUGAAAAACUAACUAAAAUUGAUGAGCAGGUUCUUUGGAGACACAGCAGCAUAUGAUUAUGACCACUAUGUAUAAUGUAUGUGCAUCUGUGAACACAACAUGUUGUAACAUUCUGCAUGUAGUACAACCCCUUCAUUCUUGUAGGCGAGUAGAUUGAUUAUUGGCAACUGAUUUUGCCAUGCACAUGUUUCACAUUUGGUGAUAUUGUAUGAUGUUCGAUUUUUGUUGUAUACCACAAAGCUAAUGACGUAUCGGCCCAUGAGUUCUACCAAAUGGCCACUUUUUUCUCCCAUUUUCAUGAAGUUGUAUAUGAAUAAACCUUGUGUUUUACUAUAUUCAUCCCUGAAAAUGUGUAUAUAUUUCGUCGUUUAUUCA